AUGGCGCGCACCAAAUACCAACUGCCCCCAGAGCUCUGGUCUCAUAUCUUUGGCAUCUUGCUGGACGAACAAACCGAUGUGCGAGUCCAAUCAUACAGCAAUAUUCGUCCUCUCGCCGACUGGACUCCGUUACCCGAAGAAGUGGCUUGCCCAGGAUGUAUUCCCCGCUGCAACGCCUAUACCAAUUGCGGCGCACGAAGCGGACAGGCUCAAACCUGCACGGGAAAUCUUGCCCGUGAGCGGCGAGGACUGCAGGCCCUCCUACAUGUCAAUACGGCAUUCCGCACUCUCAUUCGGGGCGCGCGUUACUUCGCCCAGAACGCCAUGACUGAUCUCGCUUGUCGCCUCGACGAAUCGCGGUAUCCCGUACAAUCUGCGGACAUGAUAUAUCCCUAUACGGGUCUCUGUCUCUGCACGCUUCCGGAGAUUUUGAGGCGUCUGGUCCCGGGCUCGCAAGGCCCGCUGCGAGUGCGCAUUGCCCUUCCGUCUCGCAACCACCAUGGUCCCCUAUCGCCCGCACACUCUAUCUGGCAGGUCCUUCAUCAAUACGGCGCAGACCAUCUGGUGGAAGCAUCCUUUUUUUGCGACUCAUCCAUCCAACCAUCCGAUGAGGAUGAAGAGACUCCUGCAGAGGGAGGGGAGCUUAUCAUUGAGUCCACGUCGAUCCGGCGUUUCACAGGCUGGAAUAUUAGAAAGCGGGUUAUCGUCGGGAAACUCCUAACCUCUUUGAGGCUAGGUGCGGAGGUCGAAUUCUACACCUGGGAUCGGGCCGCCCUCUGCCGGAUCUUGCGGUUGUGCCCUCGACUUGAGACCGUACAGCUCCUGUCCAUCUUCGAUCACGAUCUUAGAUAUUGGCUCAUUCAGGAAGAGCCACAGAUUCUGCUGGAACACCUCACUUGCUUUCAUAUCCAAGCCGAGGCAUACGUCUGGAUAGGCCUCAGCGCUCUCCUCGUCACGCCUGUCUUGCGCCGCGCUCACGUCGACGUCGUCGAUUCUUUGUCCCUACACCUAGAGGCCGGUGGGCCGGCAUGGUCGUUCCAUCUCGCACGCAUCUUCCGCCGCACGCGGCUAUCUGAACGGCUCGCAGACAUCAUCUCUGGAGAUGAUUUUCGAGUGGAUCUGCAUUACGAGUGCGACGUGGACGAAGGAUCCCGCGGAAGCCCUAUGCCGCAGAGUUUACCGGAGUACAUGUCAAUAGUAGCGGCAGAUGACGCUCGCCAUCACUCAAUCUCAAUCACGAUACGCUCCCCGAUGACUUGCCCUUUGGCAUACGCCCCGCCCGGCACUCGUGCCGAAUCCGCUCUUUCACAAACGCCGGCCGUCGUCUUCGAAGAAUUUUGGACAGAAGCUCUGCGGAGGCUAGAUGACUUGCGCGAUGGCCAAAGCACCUUAUCCCGAUGCGUACAUGAGCUAAAUAUUACGGGGUAUGCUGGGCUAUUACUCGAGUUUCGAUGGAUCGCACUUCUGCACGAGACCUACAAUCUCCAACGACUCCGUGUACAUGGCAUUGCCGGUCAAGGGCCAGCUUUGGAUCGACUGCUUACCGGUUUGUGUACGACCGUAUCCGAGACAUACACAGACGACGGAGACACGGUUACACUCGAUACGCCCUGCGGCGAGGACGUGACAGAGGUCUAUCUGCCGGACUAUCCGAACAUUCCUCGCGACUUGAUUCAAAGGGAAGUUUCUCUUAGACAAUCCUCUCAAUGUAGAAGUUCCAUCUCAUGGUUUGGGUUGAUGUAA